UUUUAUUUUAUUUAUUUUUUAUUCUUCAAAGUCUCAUAUAUCGAUAUAUCGCUAUAAUUGAACAUCACUAUGCGGUACAAUUUAGGCCUGCUGCCGUCCUUAGAGGUCAUAUUUCUUCGUUUUGUUUACUUUUGCAAUAUUUUUUACAUUAUUCACGUAUGUUGAAUUUUUGCAGCGUUGAAACAAGAUUCUAGUGUAAGCCGCUGUGGAAAUAACUUAAGAUAUUGAUAAGAAUUAGUAUACAUGCCUGCUUGCUUACGAAUGCAAAUAUAUUGUAUCCAUGUUACACAAGCUUCCUCGGUUGGGACACCACCAAAUCGUUUUUCGUCCUUUCAGAAAUUUUGAUUCGACUCAUUGUACUGCAGCUGAUAACAGCCUAUUUAAGACUUUCAAUUAUUCAUUGAAAACACUACUCUUUGCUCGCAACGAAAUGGGACGCAAAAUAACUGUCGCAGUAACCACUCUCAAUCAGUGGGCUCUCGAUUUUGAGGGAAAUUUGGCCAGGAUUUUACAGUCCAUACUGGAGGCUAAGGAUAUGGGUGCCAGUUAUCGAACUGGGCCAGAGCUGGAAGUAUGUGGCUACAGUUGCGAAGAUCACUUUCGCGAACCAGAUACAUUUCUUCACUCUUGGGAAACAUUCCUGGAAAUCAUGAUGUCCCCUUUUUGCGAGAAUAUGCUAGUGGAUGUGGGCAUGCCAGUGAUGCAUCAGAAUGUCGCGUACAAUUGCCGCGUGGUAUUCUUUAACCGUAAGCUGCUGUUAAUACGCCCAAAGAUGGCAAUUUGUGACGAUGGCAACUAUCGUGAGUCACGCUGGUUCACUGCCUGGACCAAAGCGCAGAAAACUGAGGAAUAUUUUCUGCCCCGUCUUAUCACGCAACAAACUGGCCAAGAAACUGUACCAUUUGGUGAUGCGGUAAUCGCGACUCGUGAAACGUGUAUCGGGUAUGAGAUAUGUGAAGAGUUAUGGAAUGUUCACAGCAAGCAUAUAGAGAUGUCACUAUCGGGGGUUGAGCUAAUUGUCAACGGCUCUGGAAGCUAUAUGGAGCUUCGUAAAGCACACAUUACCAACGAUCUUAUAUGUAAUGCAAGUUUUAAGGCCGGGGGUGCUUAUCUUUUCAGUAAUCUACGCGGCUGUGAUGGCCAAAGAGUUUAUUUUAAUGGUUGCUCAGCCAUAGCGCUUAAUGGUGAACUUUUGGCGCGAGGCAAGCAGUUUGCCCUACAAGAUGUUGAGGUUAUCUUGGCCACAAUUGAUCUAGAAGAAAUUCGGGCUUACCGUGUUAGUCUCCGAUCGCGAUGUUCAUCAGCCGCCAGAAGUGUAGUUUAUCCUCGAAUUCGGUGCGACUUUGAAAUGUCUACACAUGAUGAUAUCCUUAAGAGCCCAACGCCACCGCUGCACUUUACGUAUUCCACACCAGAAGAAGAAAUUGCGUUGGGGCCUGCCUGUUGGCUUUGGGACUAUCUACGACGUUCCGGUCAAGGUGGCUUUUUUUUGCCACUCAGCGGAGGAGUUGAUUCCAGUAGUUCUGCAGCAAUCGUUUACUCCAUGUGCCGGCAAAUAGUAGAGGCCGUGCAACAUGGCGAUGCGCAAGUGCUAUAUGAUAUACGCAAAAUACUUGCCGAUUCUGACUAUACUCCGAUUAAUGCAGCAGCGCUAUGUAAUCGACUUUUAGUCACAUGUUAUAUGGGAAGUGUCAACAGUAGCAAGGAAACACGAUACCGUGCCUCUCAACUGGCAAACCAACUGGGCAGCUAUCAUAUUGAGAUCAGCAUCGACUUGGCAGUAAACGCAUUGCUUGGGAUUUUUAAUGCUGUAACGGGAUUAACACCAGUUUUUCGUAUGCAGGGCGGCUGUGCUCGACAGAAUUUGGCCCUGCAAAAUAUUCAGUCGCGCAUUCGCAUGGUAUUGGCUUAUGUUUUUGCACAAUUAAUGCUUUGGGUUCGCAACCGCCCUGGUGGUUUGCUUGUUUUAGGCUCCUCUAAUGUUGAUGAAUCGCUGCGCGGAUACCUAACGAAAUAUGAUUGUUCCUCGGCGGAUAUUAAUCCAAUUGGCGGUAUAUCCAAGACGGAUUUACUACGAUUUCUGGGUUAUGCCAAAAAAAAAUUCAAUCUUACUGUGUUAGAAUCAAUCAUCGACGCUCCGCCCACUGCCGAAUUAGAGCCAUUGCUGGAAAAUGGGGAGCUGCUUCAAACAGAUGAAGAGGAUAUGGGAAUGACCUAUUCAGAAUUGAGCGAAUAUGGGCGCCUACGUAAACAAUUUUUUUGCGGACCUUACAGCAUGUUUUGCAGACUCGUUGCUACCUGGAAAAACGAUCUAAGUCCAAAAGAAGUCGCAGAAAAAGUUAAGCAUUUCUUUCGCUGUUACGCCAUUAACCGACACAAAAUGACUGUACUGACACCAUCAGUUCAUGCCGAAAUCUAUAGUCCAGAUGACAAUCGCUUCGAUCAUCGACCAUUCCUUUAUCGCGCGAACUGGAGUUGGCAGUUUAAGGCUAUUGAUGAUGAGGUCGAUAAGUUACAGCCGGUCUACAUUCCUCUUUCCACACAGUUAAGACUUAACAGCGGUGAGGUCUUGCCCUUAGUUGACACCAGUACACAACAAUCUUUGCACAUGGAUGACUCAAAGCAUUCGUCUUCGAUGUCUUCUGUAUCUUUAGACGUUGGCGCGUCUACUGCAGGCCCGCCUUGUAUUGACAAUCUGGAAACACAAGGCACAAAGCCCAGCGGAUUUUCAAAGGUCCACGUGAAUGUUCUCGGCAAGCUGAAAGAUCGCACUGGUAUACCAGUGUAAAUAUUUGAUAUUGGGAUAAUUGCACAGUUUUUGUUAAAUGUACCCGUCUUUUUUAUUACCCAGCCAUUAAAAGCUACGACGCCUUUUUGCCUGUUAGGACAGAAAGUCCCCUCAUCUAAGAUAGAUUUUUUACCUUGAAUAUAUUAAAAAUGGAAUAUCAGGGUAUAAUGGUUUUGACAGGCAGAAAGGACGUGUCAGAACCCAUAAAGUAUAAAUAUAUAUUUUUUAAAUUUAAGUUCAGUUGGAAAUUGUAA